AAAAGGUACCUCAGAAAAUAUCAAAAUGAAAAAAAUAAUUUCAUUUGCAUGCUCUAAAGCUUCAUUAUUUUUAAUUGGGAAAUUUGGUAGGGGGCCAGAAAGAACUGGCAAAACAUACAAAAUUUAAAAGGAGAUACUGGCAUUUAAUUUCAAGUACUGUUUCAACAGAGAGGUUUAUCAUAUAUUUUUGGUAGUUGUAUUUUAGUGAUUACGAGCGUAAGCCUUGGAAUGAGUCUGACUUGGGCCUGAAUCCUCACUUUCCUGCUUAUUAAAUCUGUGAGCUCAGACAUACCACUUAACAUUCUGAACCUUGAUUCUUCCCACCUGUAACAAAGGAACAAUACCUACCUCGUAAUAUUAUUGCAUCAUAUGAAAUAAUACAUGCAGAGCAUCUAGGUAGUACUAACAUAUUGUUGGCACUUAAUAAAUGUUUUAUUAUCCUUGAGUACAAUCAUUGAGAUAAAAUGAGGUUUUGAAAAUGUCUUCGCAGAUAAGUGGGAAACAUUUUUAGGGAAUCCUGUGUGCAGUUGUCAGCUUGUUGUAGAAUGCCUUUUUAGUGCUAAUUCGGAAGCAAGCUUAUGUCAUCUUGGGAUGAACUAUCAAUUUCUGCAUUAGUGAAGUCUUAACUAUUGAAAUCUUACUGCAGAGUAUGGAGCAAACAGAUGCUAAUUCUAAGUUUCUUACACUAAAUUAUCUUUUCCAGGAGAAUGCAUAGAAGGGCUGCGGGAAAACGAAUACCUUCUGAUUCAUUCAUGCCGUCAGUGGACCACCAUCACUGCCCACAGCCUGGAGGAGGGACACUACGUCAUUGGGCCAAAGAUAGAGAUUCCAGUACAUUAUGCAGGGCAAUUCAAGCUGCUGGAACAAGACCGAGAUAUAAAGGAGCCAGUGCAAUAUUUCAACAGUGUGGAGGAGGUGGCCAAAGCAUUUCCUGAGCGCGUGUACGUCAUGGAGGAAAUAACAUUCAACGUGAAGGUUGCUUCAGGUGAAUGCAACGAGGACACCGAAGUUUAUAACAUCACCCUCUGUACUGGGGAUGAACUCACUCUCAUGGGGCAGGCAGAAAUCUUGUACGCAAAGACUUUCAAGGAAAAGUCACGACUCAACACAAUUUUCAAAAAGAUCGGGAAGCUCAAUUCCAUCAGCAAGCUGGGAAAAGGCAAAAUGCCAUGCCUGAUCUGCAUGAAUCAUCGGACCAAUGAAAGCAUUAGCCUGCCAUUCCAGUGCAAGGGCAGAUUUAGCACCCGGAGUCCCCUGGAACUUCAGAUGCAGGAGGGCGAACACACCAUCCGCAACAUUGUGGAGAAAACCAGGCUCCCCGUGAACGUGACUGUGCCCAGCCCUCCACCCAGGAACCCGUACGACCUCCACUUCAUCCGCGAGGGGCAUCGCUACAAGUUUGUGAACAUCCAGACCAAGACAGUGGUGGUUUGCUGUGUGCUGCGGAACAACAAGAUCCUCCCCAUGCACUUCCCUUUGCAUUUGACGGUCCCCAAGUUUAGCCUUCCAGAACACUUGGUAAAGGGAGACGUGUGGCCCGAGACCCUGGUCCAUCACUGGCUGGGUAUCUGCCAAGAACAGUUCGACAUCGACGAGUAUUCCCGGGCUGUCCGAGAUGUGAAAACUGACUGGAAUGAGGACUGCAAGAGCCCCAAGAAGGGCCGGUGCUCUGGCCACAACCACGUGCCCAGUUCUCUUAGCUAUGCCCGUGAUGAGCUCACCCAGUCCUUCCACCGGCUCUCCGUCUGUGUGUAUGGCAACAAUCUCCAUGGCAACAGUGAGGUGAACCUCCAUGGCUGCAGGGACCUGGGGGGCGAGUGGGCCCCCUUUCCUCAUGACAUCCUGCCCUAUCAGGACCUGGGUGACAGUGGGAGCGACUACCUUUUCCCGGAAUCCGGUGAAGAAUCGGCAGGCAUCCCCGGGAAGUCAGAGCUUCCUUAUGAAGAGCUCUGGCUGGAGGACGGCAAGCCCAGCCAUCAGCCUCUCACGCGUUCCCUGAGCGAGAAGAGCAGAUGCGAUCAGUCUAGAGGGUCCGUCCGGUCCAAAUGUGCGACCUCUCCUCUUCCUGUGCCCGGAACUCUGGGAGUAGCCAUGAAGUCUUCAGAGAUUGCCCUACCUCCACCUCCAGUGCCUCCCAAAUCUGAAGCCGUCAGGGAAGAGUGCCGGCUCCUGAACGCCCCUCCUGUUCCACCCCGAAGCGCAAAGCCUUUGUCCACAAGCCCCUCGGUCCCUCCUCGUACGGCCAAGCCAGCUCGGCAGCAGACUCGCUCUCCCAGCCCCACCCUGUCCUACUAUUCGUCAGGGCUGCACGACAUCAGCGUUCCUAAAAGCGACACAAGUCCUUCCGAAAGUGCGCCUGUGUCCUGCUAUCCCUGCAACCGCGUGAAAACUGAUUCUGUGGACCUCAAGUCCCCGAUGGGAAGUCCCUCUGCUGACACGCUCUCCUCCAGGCUCUCGUGGCCCAACCAUUAUUCGGGAGCGUCGGAGAGCCAGACCAGGAGCGACUUCCUGCUGGGUCCCAGCAGGAGCUACAGUUACCCGCGACAGAAGACACCAGGCACACCAAAGAGAAACUGCCCAGCACCCUUUGAUUUGGACGGCCAUGAGCUCUCGGCCAGUCCCCCUGGCUCCGUCACUUCAGAAUUCAGCGGCAGCGUCUCUGCCUGUCCCAAGUCGGCCAGCUACUCUGUGGAGAGCACGGAUGAGAAAACUCUGGCUGCUGACACAACCAAGCAGAGUAUUUCGUGCCCUGCCUUACCCCCCAGGGCUCCAAAACCAGUGGAAGAGAAAGCCGCCUCGGACACUUCUCCUUUGCCUCUGAAAAUUGAUGGUGCUGAGGAAGACCCCGAGUCUGGGUCACCGGACCUCUCUGAGGACCAGUACUUUGUUAAAAAGGGCAUGCAGGACAUCUUCUCCGUCACCUACCCUUUCUCAUCUCCGCUCCACCUCCAACUGGCCCCCAGGUCCUGCGGCGAUGGCUCCCCAUGGCAGCCGCCCGCUGACCUGUCGGGACUCUCUAUAGAAGAAGUGUCCAAGUCGUUACGGUUUAUUGGUUUGUCUGAAGAUGUCAUAUCAUUCUUCGUUACUGAAAAGAUCGAUGGGAAUUUGCUCGUUCAGCUGACGGAAGAAAUCCUCUCCGAGGAUUUCAAAUUGAGCAAACUGCAGGUGAAGAAAAUAAUGCAAUUCAUUAACGGCUGGAGGCCCAAAAUAUAGCCAAAUAACCCCAGCUAGCAUUGAACAAAACGGACAAAUGUGUGUGCUAGAAGGGGUGGGCUGGGACACAAUUCCAUGUUUUUUGCACUAAAAACCUUCUCUGUAAAUAGGGAUAAGAGAAACUCUUACUAUGCAGAUUACGUUUUUGAAUGGUGAACAGGCUAUUUUGUACAUCAAUAAAAAUGCUGUACAGAACACUUACAGGUGUGCCUUGUACAUCACUCAACAGCUGCUCAAAGACAAAAGGCAUGUUCAGAGAACUAAUUCUCACCCAAGUAGGUUUAUGCGAGAAGGUAUGAUAUUUAUUACAAAAUAGCCAAAGCUGAAAACCGUAAGAAUCAAAAAAACAACAAAACAACAAAAAAGAACUUAAAAAAAAAAAACACUUUUUGAACAACAGUUCUCUCCUUUGGGGGAAUCGACUUUAGACAAUUAACUAUUCUGUGCUCUGUUGUUUGGAUUGCUCAGCAGUGCUAAUUGUUUUACUCUUGUGCCUGAAAAUGUUAGUGAUAUGAAAUGACACUUUACUGUUUGUUAUAUGCUUGGUGGGGAUCUUUUCAUCAAAAGGCAUUUUCCAAAAGUCACAUGUUGAUAGAGGAUGUAUGAAAUAAUACAAAUCAUGACCACAAUAAUUUAUCUGUAACUGCUGCUAAUUUUAUUGAGCAGUGGAAAAAAAAAACCCAGAAUAUAUGCAUAUAUGUGUAUAUAUGUAUACACAAUACAAACAUGUUUUAAACAUCAUUAUUAGUCUGAUAUUUUAGAUAACAUCUGUUCACUUUCAAAGAUCCAUUGAGGUUGGGGGCUGUUAACUAAGUUGACGCUCUUAGGAAGAGUGGACAGAAUGAUUCCAAAGAUUCUCAGAACCCUUCCCCUCGAAGCUCAGUCUGACUCGGCUUCAUCACUGAAAGCUUGGAAGAAAUCAGUAGAGGGUCUGUAUUAAAGAAUUAAAUUUGAUUGUAAGCCCAUGGGCGGUGGUUUGCAUGUAAUACUUGCAUGCCGAUGUCUGGGAAAAUGGUAGUUUCUUGUCAGAGGGUAAUUCAUCUCCGGUUUGAGGGUCUUCUUUUUUCCCCGGUGUCUAACAGCAAGAGGUCUGAAGAGCAUUUCUCAGAGUGUAUUAGGUGUUCUCCACACGCUUGUGCUUCAGGAGAGCUCAAAAAUCAGACUUACGACCUUCAUCUUUUGAGUAAUUUUUUAUGAAGUAUCAGUAAGUACACUUGUUUCGUUCAUAAGCCUCUUCUUUCCUCUCGUCCAAAGACAAUACAUUAUUACCAUACUUUUAUUCCAAGAAUUCCAGGACAUUAUUCUGAUGGUUCUUGACAGAUGUGAUUAAAAAUUCCAAAAUAUGGCCUCAUCAUCAUUGUUGACUUCUUGAAGGAAUGUAAAUCUUAGAAAAGUUCUAGUUCUCCAAGCAAGCCACCAGCCCUAGCCCUGCCUCCCCCCCAAGUCUGAUUCUGGAUGUGCAGACAUCUGUGACUGAGGUCAGCCCACCAGGCGUCAAUGUGACUUGCAGGAUUGGCUUCUAUCUUUUUAUCCAGUCUUCCUGCUCACCAAAAUACCUAAACAAAGGUAAAGACAAGACCCACGAUAACGCAACAUGCAAUAUGCAAUAUGGCUUUAUUUCUUGACAUUAAAGAUGUUCUUAAUCCAUCUCCUGGUUUAGAAUUGAGGUGAAUUGAACCUCUUCUCAUUUUCCAUCCUAAAUCUUUUUUUUUUAAGGCAUUUUUUUUUCCUCCCUUCACACAUCUCCCAAAAUGUAAAUACUCUCGGUAAAAUGCAUCCCAUAAGGAAAACUGGAGCGCCCCUUCAGAAGUAACUGAAAAAUCUAUAUGGAAGUUUCCGGUCCUGCACUCACAUGACAUGAGACCCCUCAGUGACUUUCAUGUUUAAAAAAAACAUCCUUCUGUGUCAGCAACCACUUCCAUGGCAACAUUAACCUCUCAGCACUUUCUUUUAAAAUAAAAACAGAGGAUGCAGUUGAAACGCUGCACGUUUUUCUCUAGCAAAUCCUUGCUGAGUCUGCUUUUAAGUACCUGACCCUUGGACACAAUUCUCAGAUUCCGGCGGGAGGAACAGAGCGGGUUUGGGUUUACUAUGAAGGCUGCCCCACAUAAACAGCUGACUCCUUUUAUGUUUCUCUUUUUAUGUUUUAUUUUGCAAAAACUUGACACAAAUAGUUUCUGGUUUUUGUCCUGGCAUGUGUACAUCGAGUUUGUAUUGGUGGCAAUAUAGAGACUACUUGGGGGCAGGCGCUAUGGCCUUUGGGUCAUGUAUUCAAAUUUGUUGAGCACCUUUUAUUGCCAGGCACUAUGCUGGUAUGACUCGACAAUGCUGAAAAAAAAAAAGCCCUCUUGGAGCUCAUGAUGUUUAUAUUUAAAAUCACAGUUGCUGAGACUGCAUAUGUGUGAGAAAGACAGGAAAUCUUCUGGGCAGUUGGAUGUAUGGAGAGUUAAGUGUGUUCUGUCUUCAAAGAAUCACAGAUGGAAGAAAUGGCAGGCUUUAUUAAAGGGGUAAGAAAAUCAACGCCACGUGAUCGUGAAAACUUAGAAUAUGUUAGAGGCUGAAAGUAUCUCUGACUCCCACUAGCUAAUGUUCUCUUUUACCGAUUAGGAAUGUUUUUAACUGUGAUAACUAUCUUCUGGCAUCUCCAAAGGCACAGAUACAUGUAGUUGCCAUUCCUGAGCUGAACACUUUGUAGAGGACCUUGGCACCCUGACUAGACAAGGCACGUAGAGGCAGAGAGGAUCACAGCAAGAGACACAGUGCAGGGACGGGGAGGAACCGGCCUUUCCCUGCUAAGAGCUGCAGUUUCGCAGUGAGAAAUGAUGUUCUAGAGAUCCCCAGAAGCAGAACUUUUGCUAACACAACCAGGUCAAGACUGAGCAUAUCUGGCAGGUUCCCUGCAGUCAGUGCGGUGACCAUGGGGCUUGGGGGAAAGAGUCUGUCUAAACAGGACCCUCCUUGGGGUUUAAAUUCAUGGCCCCCAUCAGAAAAGAAAAUCAGGAAUAAGCCAAACCAAGCAGCUAAAGUGUAGAAUAUGGACCUAACUCAUGCUGGAAGGGAGAACUCACACACUCCCGGACCUAUUCUUUCUCAGAAUCUUGUAAACGCCGGCACAUUUCUCCUUGAAGUUGAGCUGCUCAACUUUAUGAACUGUGAAAUUUACAUUUACACUCUUUCAACCCACAUAUACCAUUCAAGUUUAUGAAGUUUCAGCAAGCUGCCCAUUCGACUAAAUUGCUAUGUUUAUUCUUGUCUCAUGUAGAAAUAAAACAAUCUUAUGGGAAACUGUUAUGACAAUCCAUUCCAACUGUUUUCAGACAUAGGCAUAAACACCCUCUGCUCACAUUCCAGAACCACCUGCACACCAUCCAUACAACUCCUUGAGAAGUUCAGGGGGUGGAUGUGGAUGGAUAGAGGGUCCUUCAUUUUCCAAACACUUUGUGUAACAAGUCACUACUCAUCAUGCCUAAAGAGCAUAAAAUUAACAUUUUGAAUAACAAACUGGAAAACAAAACCAUUUUCCAAAGUACCUCGUGAACCAUUCAAAGGAAAUUUCAAUGUCAGUCCCCCAGAAAAGUUAAAUCUGCUAUUGGACACACGAGACUUUCAGAAACUAUGACCAUUCUAUCAAUUCCCACUCUUUAUCUAGUAAUAUAAAGGCAAUGGGCUGCUAGGGCAAAAAGAGUAAAAUGCCCAGAAUGCAAAUGAUGGAAAGUAGGAUUUUUUAUGCUGUGGGGUUGUAAUAUUGUGGAAUUCUCAUGGCCCCUUCUUGUCAAGUCACAUUGCAGUUUAGUCUUUAAAACUUUAGUCUUUAAAACUUGUGUUUUAAAAUUGAUCUCAUUGUGAAAACCAGAAACAAGGGGUAAACGUGAUAUCAGUUAAAACUAUGUACAAAUAUCUUCUGUAAUUUUGCUGCUCUGUCUAAUUUUUAGGCUAUGAAUUUUGUAAUGAGCUUAUCAGAUUAUAAAUUUCCUUUGUUUACAAUCUCAUGUAUUCGGGCUCAGAUCAUUUCUUAGCUAUAUCAACCUCUUCUCCCAUUUUCAUAUUAAGUUUCAUUUAAAAUAAUUGUUUAAGCUAAGCCUAAAAAUUGAACUCAAUUAAUUAAAAAUUGGGGGAGUUUUCCUUGAUUUAAAUGGAAAGGGUAUAUUCUUUUCAAAGAAUUUUGUAACCGUCUUUAUAGGUUCUUUGCUUGGAAAACCGGGGGUGUUAACUACCAGUUAACGGUUGUGUUACUUUCCAGAGCAUUAUCUAAUGGGCCCAAUGUGUACCUCAAGAUAAACAUGGUAUGUUCUGUCUAAAAAAGUUCAUUGUUGAUUUAAAUGGUUCCAAAAUGUCUAUAAAUAAAGAAAAUUUAAAAGUUGA